GAAUACUAUCCCCAAAAUGAAAUCUGGCCUCUUCCUUUUGUGGUGGGGAUGGGUGUUGGCCACUGAAGGCAGAGUCCACUGGCAAGGAAGAGAAAUACAGGAAGUGGCUAAGAAGGGCAGCAGACCUCAAAGGCAAAGGCGAGAAGUACAUGAGGAGACACACAAACAAGGAAGCUCAAUAUUGAAACGAAGUCCUGACAUCACCAAGUCUCCGCUGACAAAAUCUGAGCAACUUCUGAGAAUAGAUGACCGUGACUUCAGCAUGAGGCCCGGCUUCGGAGGUCCUGCCAUUCCUGUUGGUGUAGAUGUUCAAGUUGAAAGUCUGGAUAGCAUCUCAGAAGUUGAUAUGGACUUUACCAUGACCUUAUACCUGAGACACUAUUGGAAGGAUGAAAGGCUGUCUUUCCCUAGCACAAACAACCUCAGCAUGACGUUCGAUGGCCGACUGGUAAAAAAGAUCUGGGUUCCUGACAUGUUCUUUGUACAUUCCAAGAGGUCCUUCAUCCAUGACACCACCACCGACAAUGUUAUGCUUCGGGUCCAGCCUGAUGGGAAGGUGCUAUACAGUCUCAGGGUCACUGUGACUGCAAUGUGCAAUAUGGAUUUCAGCCGCUUUCCUCUGGACACACAGACAUGUUCGCUCGAAAUUGAAAGUUAUGCCUACACAGAAGAUGACCUCAUGCUCUAUUGGAAAAAAGGGAACGAUUCCUUAAAGACAGAUGAGAGGAUCUCCUUGUCCCAGUUCCUGAUACAAGAAUUCCAUACCACCACCAAGCUUGCCUUUUACAGCAGCACAGGGUGGUACAACCGCUUGUACAUUAACUUCACUUUACGUCGUCACAUCUUCUUUUUCUUGCUGCAAACCUAUUUCCCUGCUACUUUGAUGGUCAUGCUGUCCUGGGUGUCCUUCUGGAUUGAUCGUAGGGCUGUGCCUGCCAGAGUUCCUUUAGGUAUCACAACUGUCCUCACCAUGUCUACAAUCAUCACUGGUGUUAAUGCCUCCAUGCCUCGUGUCUCCUACAUCAAGGCAGUGGACAUCUACCUGUGGGUCAGCUUUGUGUUUGUAUUUCUCUCCGUGUUGGAGUACGCAGCCGUGAACUACCUGACCACCGUACAGGAGCGGAAGGAGAGGGAGCUUCGAGACAAGCUUCCCUGUACUUGUGGUAUACCUCAGCCCAGGGCCAUGAUGAUGGGUAGCAGCUACAGUGAUGCAGAGGUGAACGACCUAGGAAAUUAUGUGUCAGACCAUGGAGAUAAGCAAGACCGGAUGAUGAUGCAGCUGGCUCUGGGUUCUGAGAGGAAUGCCAUAAGAAGGAAAAGCCAACGGAGUUAUGUGAGCAUGCGGAUCGACACCCAUGCCAUCGAUAAGUACUCUCGGAUAAUAUUCCCAGCUGCAUACAUCUUAUUUAAUUUAAUAUACUGGUCUAUUUUCUCAUAA